CCACAUCAAGGGAGAACCCUGCCAUUUCAUCCAAUAUCGUGCACCAACCCGCAGCUUCACCACUUGAGCCGAGGCUCCUUAUCCGCAAUCGCUCAACGUGCCCGUCUGUCGAUUCGAUACUGGGCGGAGUGAGCCGCCUCAGCCAGCAACCACUGAAGCUCGUCUCCAGUUUCCAUUCUCUGGGGAGCAUCGCAUCGGCAGGGUAAAUCAUCGGCAUGCACAACAACAGCAGCAACAGCCAGCGCGUCGGCACGUCAGCAGCAGCAGCGGGCGACGCAAUUGUCAUCGUCGGCGCGGGCAUCAUCGGCCUGGACGUUGCUCUCGUGUUGGCUGAGCGGGGACUAGGCCCCUACAUCACCGUCAUUGCAGAGCAUCUGCCGGGAGACACAGCUGCUACCUAUACGUCGCCUUGGGCUGGAUGCAACUUUUCUGGAAUCUCAGGCACCGAUAAGAAUGCACUGAAGUGGGAUCGACUCGGCUACACUCAUCUCACAAAGCUGGCUUCUGAGCAGGGCGAUGAAGCCUAUAUCCGCCGGACUCACUCAAUAGAGUAUUGGGAUGAGCACGUGCCCCACGACAAGAUCAAGGCCAUAGCCGAGUAUCUGGAGGAUUUCCGAGAGCUGCCUUCCCAGGAACUUCCGCCUGGCGUCAAGUUUGGCAUAUCCUUCACCACCCUGACACUCAAUGCUCCCAAGCACAUUGAGUAUCUCUUCCGCCGACUCAAAGAGCAGUACGGCGUGCACUUUGUGAGACAGAGGUUCCCCAGCAUCCAGGCUGCGUAUGCCAGUCCCACCACCAAGGUCGUCGUCAACUGCACUGGCAUUGCGGCAAAGACACUGCCCGGCGUCGAGGAUGAGAAAUGCUACCCGACUCGUGGCCAGGUUGUCCUUGUAAAGGCACCGCGUGUCAAACGAAACAUUAUGCGCCAUGGCAAGGACUAUGAGACGUAUGUGAUUCCGCGACCUGGUACGGAUGGCCAUGUUAUCCUGGGAGGAUACAUGCAAAAGGGCUCGAGCGAUGGAUCGACAUAUUCGUAUGAGACGGAAUCAAUCGUCAACCGCUGCCUGAAACUGUGUCCUGAGCUGCAGCAGUUUGAUAUCAUCGCCUCGUUCGCGGGCCUGCGACCAUCCCGCGAAGGCGGUGCACGCAUUGAGCGAGAAGAGAUUGUCAUUGACGGCAAGAAAAAGGUCCUUGUACACAACUAUGGCGCUGGUGGCACUGGAUAUCAGGCAGGAUAUGGCAUGGCUUUGGAGGCGGUUGGCCAUGUAGACGAUGUUUUGAGAGAUUUAGAGCGGGCUAGUCGACGAGCGCGACUGUGAGCAGUUGGGAGAUUGGUCACUUAUUGUUAUUGCAUUGUACUGUAGAAAGAACUGCAUAAGGUUUCAUUCGCUUUCAUAUUUGCCUCUUUGUCUCUUUAUCAGAUAAGCCGGAACAUAUAUGCCUCUGAAUAUAGUUAUUACACGGCGCAAGGCUAAGCAUCCACCAG